CGCGCACCACGCAAAGCGCCAGUAGAGCCGUGUGCACGGCGCGGCGGCUAUGUAUAUAGCAGCUCAGGCGCGCCGCUGCUCUGCACCCACCAAAUCACACAGCAACCAACUGCGGGAAACCAACCUCUUCUCUCCACUCCGCCUCUGUUUCCGUACCAACGCACUCCAGAAACCUCCACCUCAAUAGUCGCGAGGCGUUUGAGUUCUUCAAGCUUGGAGCACCGCGCAGCCCCGAGGAAUCAGCCAUGGCGAAGCAAAAGAUCGUGAUCAAGGUGCAGAUGAGCAGCGACAAGUGCCGGUCCAAGGCGAUGGCGCUGGUGGCGUCCACGGGCGGCGUCGACUCCGUGGCGCUCGCCGGCGACGGCAAGGACCAGGUCGUUGUCGUCGGCGAGGGCGUCGACUCCAUCAAGCUCACCGAAGCGCUGCGAAAGAAGGUGGGCGACGCGCAGCUGGUGCAGGUCGGCGAGAACAAGAAGGAGGAGAAGAAGCCGGCCGACCCCGUCGCCGAGUACAACCAGUGGUAUUACCACCACUACCCGCCGCCGCCCCCGGUGGUCUACGACCACCGCGCCGCCGGGUACGGCUACUACUCGCAGCCGGACACCAGCUGCUCCAUAAUGUAGAGAGGGGCUUGCAUUGGCGGCUUGUUAGUUUGUAUUUCUUUUUUCUUUUACGCACACGCUGUUAGAGUAUAUUUGGUAGUUGUAGAUAUAUGUAUCGUAGACUGCCAUAUGUAUCGGGGGAGCUUUGCUCCCCAAGUCUUGUACUCAAUAUAUACCGGCUGAGAGGCUCAAUGCAAUACAAUCAAUCUAUUAUACCAAAUUCUAUUC